AUGCUCCCUGCCAAAGGUCAUUGCAUUAGUGGCGAUGUUGGUUGCUUUCUCUCCCCUCUCCCCCUCUCCCCCUCUUCCCACCUUCCCUCUUCCCCUCUUCCCAUCUCCCCCUCUUCCCAUCUCCCCCUCUUCCCAUCUCCCCCUCUUCCCAUCUCCCCCUCUUCCCAUCUCCCCAUCUUCCCAUCUCCCCCUCUUCCCAUCUCCCCCUCUUCCCAUCUCCCCCUCUUCCCAUCUCCCCCUCUUCCCAUCUCCCCCUCUUCCCAUCUCCCCCUCUUCCCAUCUCCCCCUCUUCCCAUCUCCCCCUCUUCCCAUCUCCCCCUUUUCCCAUCUCCCCCUUUUCCCAUCUCCCCCUCUUCUCAUCUCCCCCUCUUCCCAUCUCCCCCUCUUCCCAUCUCCCCCUCUUCCCAUCUCCCCCUCUUCCCAUCUCCCCCUCUUCCCAUCUCCCCCUCUUCCCAUCUCCCCCUCUUCCCAUCUCCCCCUCUUCCCAUCUUCCCCUCUUCCCAUCUUCCCCUCUUCCCAUCUCCCCCUCUUCCCAUCUCCCCCUCUUCCCAUCUCCUGUCUCCCUCCAUCCAUCCAACAGACACCUGUGAAGCCAUAAAUUGUGGACCAUUGGAAGAAUGUGCAAUGGUAGGAGGAUUUUGCAAGCCGCCGUGCUCAAUACGAGUGUGUGGUCUCAACGAGGAGUGUGUGGAGAGGCAAGACACGAACAUGCGCAGUCACACAAUCAGUGGAGUCCUUAAUAGGUACGUACAAUUGAAGUCACAUGUGCAUCUGCUGGUUGAACUGUCUCUUGUGUUUUGCGUAUGUGAACGCCGAUUACACCCCUACUCACCCCUGUCCUCUCUCACCCCUGUCCUCUCUCACCCCUGUCCUCUCUCACCCCUGUCCUCUCUCACCCCUGUCCUCUCUCACCCCUGUCCUCUCUCACCCCUGUCCUCUCUCACCCCUGUCCUCUCUCACCCCUGUCCUCUCUCACCCCUGUCCUCUCUCACCCCUGUCCUCUCUCACCCCUGUCCUCUCUCACCCCUGUCCUCUCUCACCCCUGUCCUCUCUCACCCCUGUCCUCUCUCACCCCUGUCCUCUCUCACCCCUGUCCUCUCUCACCACUGUCCUCUCUCACCCCUGUCCUCUCUCACCCCUGUCCUCUCUCACCCCUGUCCUCUCUCACCCCUGUCCUCUCUCACCCCUGUCCUCUCUCACCCCUGUCCUCUCUCACCCCUGUCCUCUCUCACCCUGUCCUCUCUCACCCCUGUUCUCUAUCUUUGUAUCUAG